AGCAGCUGGGCCUCCUGGGUUGUGGUGGCUUUGGCGCUGUGGAACUGGUGCAAAACGUCCCCCGGCCGAACACCGCGGAUUUCCCGGUGGAAACCCUGGGUGAUUUGCGCCACCCAAAACGCUGCCAGCAACGGCCCAAAUGGACUUUCGAGGCAUCAGAGGUUCAAGGCCUUGAGAUGCAUUUUUUUGACUUCAAGGGUGGGUGGUUUUGUUUGUUGGAACUCAGAGAGGAUUAUAGAUCCUAUGUCGAUGCUUAGCUCAAAUUUGCAUCUCUUUAUUUGAAGGCAUUGCUGAAAACGCCUGUCAAACGCCUAAAAAAGCAAAAACAUAAGCAACACAAUAUGAGCUCAAGGUCAGAUGGAGUGAACCAGAGGUCUACUGCCGAGGUCUUUAAAACCUGGAUCCGACCCCUGAAGUCGCCUCACCCUUAGCGUCCUACCGUGCACAACAGUGGCUACCGAGCAAUUGCUUCACAAGUCCGCGUCAGAAAUUCACGAGCAGAACCUGUACAAGUAUUCAUGAGUCAAGUCUUUACCAGAAUACGUUAUAAUAUGUCAGUGCGCCAGGCUUCCCUCGUGUCGUUCGACGAAGCGGCCAAAUUUGAAGUCGCCGGCCUGGUGGGCCGUUUGAAUAAGCCGGCUGGUGCGUCCGUGCCAUCCUCCACGUGUAGGGCCGGUGCAGAAUGGUGAUGGACGUGCGGAACCCAGACAUGACACAUGGGACUACCAUAGGACUGCCGAUCAGUUGGGGGUGGUGCCAGGGUCCCUCAAUUGAUCGGCAUAGUCGAAUGGACCCCUCCCGGUCGGAGUGGUUUUCUCUGGACCGCUGGACUCUCCAGGUAGAGACUGGAGAGACCUAUGCCUUGAAAGCCUUGAGCAAAGGCUUCGUGGUGAAGAGUGGAAUGCAAAACAGCGUGAUGAGCGAGAAGAACGUCCAACUCAUGUGUGACUCGCCCUUCAUUGUGAAGCUCUAUGAAACCUACAAUGGAACCCAGAACUUGUACUUCCUGCUGGAGCUGGCGCUGGGCGGCGAGCUCUAUGCAACCUACAACAAAAAGGGCCUCUUUGGAAAGGAGCCCCACGCGCGCUUUUACACCGCCGGGGUGGUUCUAGCCUUCGAGCAUAUGCACAGUAAGAAGAUCGUCUUCCGUGACUUGAAGCCGGAGAACAUCUUACUGAAUGAGCAUGGCUUGGUGAAGCUCACGGACAUGGGCCUGGCGAAAGUCGUGGUGGGCAAGACCUACACGACGUGCGGCACCCCCGACUACUUCGCCCCAGAGCUCAUUGCCUCGGCAGGGCAUUCGCAUCCGGUGGAUUGGUGGACCUUGGGGAUUUUGACCUUUGAGCUGCUGAGUGGCCAUCCUCCCUUCGAAUCCGCAUAUCCCAUGCAGAUCUAUCAGAAGGUGAGCAAAGGCAUCAACAAGGUCACCUUCCCGCCCAAGUGCAAAGGUCCUGCGGAAGACUUGGUGAAGUGCCUCUGCAAGAAGGAGCCUUCGGAGCGCUUGCCCAUGAAGAAGGGUGGUGUGGCCAACAUCAAAAAGCAUGCCUGGUACAAGAGCUUCGACUGGGAGUCCUAUGAGACUGGAAAGAUGGAGCCGCCCUAUAGACCACAGGUGAAGGGCAAGAAGGACUUGGCAAACUUUUCAGCUCGGAAAGAAGACCUUCCUCCACAAGUUCCAUACAAAGAUGAUGGCAGUGGCUGGGACAAGGACUUUGCGACUUUCCCCUGAGGGAAGCGCCAGCAGGGACGGGAGUGCUUCCUGCAUGACUCACAUGACUCACGUCCGGAGUGGCCCCCAACCCAUAUGUGGCUGCAGGCAUUGUGGUCAUGCGUG